UAUUACGGAGUAAUAUACAAAUAUCAUCAUUUUCAACCCCCUUUCCACCGACUAUAUAAACGCUAUUAAAUUCAGAUAACAACAGAAAAAGCUAAACUUCCCGCCAAAAUAAAAUCACACGCAAAAAAUGGCUUCAACUUCCGGAGUCAAAACCGUCGGAAUAAUGAUGAUCACCAUACUCGUCUUAAUCGGCACCGUUACAGCAGUUACGGAAGGUGAACUGGAGGUGAUGUUCGGCGUGAUGCGAGCAAGAGGCUACCAUCUGUUUGCGAACGCAAUCGCAACUUCCGACGUACACUACGAUCUCAGAUCUGACAGUAACAACUACACGUUAUUCGCGCCGAUCAAUUCUGCACUUUUCGCUCUCGAUAUGACGUUGCCGGCAACGAAUUACGUCACGACGCUAAGGUAUCAUGUGGUUCCGCGGCGGAUGUCGACGGCGGAUCUGUUGAGCCUUCCGCCUGGGCCGAAUAAGCUUCCGACGCUGGUUGAUGGUGAAAACGUAAUUGUUGAGCAGCGGAGAUCGGUGCGGUCGUUGAUUUCGGUUGGAGGUGUUGAUAUUGUGAUUCCUGGAAUGUUUUAUGGUAGAGAUGUGGCUGUUCAUGGAUUAGAAGGUGUUUUAGAGCACAGAUCGGGGAAUUCGGUUGAUUUGAAGGUUACUAGUGCUUCGUUGGCGAGUUUGAAGAGUAAAUUUAGCUCGAUGAUCGAAAAUUUCACGUUUGAGUCUCCUAAAGUUUCUGAUACGACGGAUAAUAAGGUGCUGAAUGAGCCUGAUCUGGAUCUGAAGCAUGAAAAACGCAGAUCUAGAGGGAAGUUGCUAGAGAUUCGUUCUGAUACUGAAGCGACUAGUAACAGGUUACAUGAAUUUACUAGUACUGUGGAUGGUGAAAAAGUGGACUGCUUGACUGUUGUUGAAGAUGAGGAUAUAGUGAAUCGUCUCAAGUCUAAUAUGAUAUGUGCAGAGAUAUAGCAAACGUAUACCUGGUAAUAUCUUGCGAAUAUGAUCGAUAUGAUAUGAUAUGUAGUAUAUUUUGAUGGUUGAAUGUAUGUACUGAAAGAUCGAUAUCGUUUCU